CAGUUUGUUUCCGUCGAUCGAGAAGGAAACACCUAUACAAAAUAUUUCUAAUACAUCCCUCGCCAUGUCCAAGGGAUCGGUAUUGCCACAAUAUAUUGCCGGCUUGUCGGCCAGCUUUGGUGCCCUCUGCAUGGGGGCCUCCAUCGGUUGGUCCUCGCCCGUAGAGAAUAUGAUCUCGGUGAACACGGACUACGGAUUUCCCAUCAGCUCCAGUCAGUUCGGCUGGGUAUCCUCGCUGCUGACCCUCGGUGCGACUGUGAUCUGCAUACCGAUUGGGUUUGCCAUCGAUUGGAUCGGAAGGAGACCCACCAUGUUGGCCUUAAUUCCACCGUACAUGGUGGGCUGGGUGCUGAUGCUGUUCGCCAAUAACGUGACCAUGCUGUACUUCGGACGAUUCAUCCUUGGCAUGUGCGGCGGAGCCUUCUGCGUGACUGCACCCAUGUACUGUACGGAGAUUUCCGCAACGGCUCUUCGAGGCACCAUCGGAUCCUUUUUCCAGCUGCUGAUUGUGUCGGGCGUGUUGUACGGCUAUUUGGUGGGUGCCUUCCUGCCCCUGCUCACCAUCAACAUCCUGUGCGCCAUUCUGCCCGUGAUCUUCGCCGUCGUGCACUUCUUCAUGCCGGAGUCCCCCGUCUACCUGGCCAUGAAGGGACGCAACGAUGAUGCCGCCAAGUCCUUGCAGUGGCUGCGCGGCAAGGAUGCCGAUAUCGAUGAUGAGCUCAAGGAGAUCCUGGAGGAGUCCCAGAAGCAAAGUGAUAAGCCCAAGGUCAACAUUCUGUCCGCCCUUCGUCGCCCCAUCGUCCUGAAGGGUCUUGGAAUCGCAGUGCUUCUGCAGGUCUUCCAGCAGUGGACGGGAAUCAACGCCAUCCUCUUCUACUCCACCUCCAUUUUCGAGGAUACGGGCUCUGGCAUAAGUGGCAGCGAUUCCACGCUUAUCAUAGGCGUCACCCAAGUGACCAGCACACUGGUGGCCGUGCUCAUUAUCGACAAGGCUGGCCGCCGCAUCCUGCUCGUGAUCUCCGGCAUCCUGAUGGCCGUGUCCACUGCUUUGAUGGGCGUCUACUUCCAGCUUAAGGAGAGCGAUCCCGGCUCAAUGGACAACUUCGGCUGGCUGCCGAUCAGCAGUAUCUGCAUCUUUAUUGUCUUCUUUUCGAUUGGAUUCGGACCGGUUCCGUGGCUGGUGAUGGCGGAGCUCUUCUCGGAGGAUGUGAAGAGUGUGGCAGGUUCUAUUGCCGGCACCAGCAACUGGCUGUCGGCCUUCAUGGUCACGCUGCUCUUCCCAAUCCUCAAGAACGCGAUCGGGGCGGGUCCAACCUUCUGGAUCUUCACCGUGAUCGCGGUCCUCUCCUUCUUCUACUCGCUGUUCUUCGUGCCGGAGACCAAGGGCAAGACGAUAAUCGAAAUCCAGGACAUGCUGUCCGGCGGAAAGGGUGUCAAGAGUGAGGACAAGAGCCAGACGUGAGGGUGUCACGUAGUCGUAGCGAUACUUUUUCAUAGUCUCUGUAAGCCAAUAAGAAAAUGUUAUGUAUAAGAAGUGACGAUCAUAAUCAAUAAAGCAAAACCAACCUGUAUAUAAACUA